CAAAAAAUAUUUUCAUUUAAUUUUUGUUCGUGCUCGUCCAAUUUUUAUGUUUAAGCAUUAAAAUAAAUGCAUUUUUAGUGAAUUAUUUGCUCAAUUUUAUGGGCUGCGUGCCCUUCUUCAUUGUUUUAUUGAAAAAUACUCAAAAGCAGAAACACAUACCACUGCCAUCACAUUCAACAGUUUAGCACAGACGAGAGCAAGAAACCAUGGCAAUCGGCGAAAUCCCUCCAGAAAAUGUCGUUCAGCUCAGAACCGAACGAAUUGACUCCGAAAUCGCUGCCACUAUCGAAGAAGUCACCGUCGCCGGCGAGGAACUCUUCAAAUGUUGGGUCAAGAUGCUCGUCAAGGUCAAGGAAAAGGACAGCGAAAUUGCGCAGCGACAAAUUCUGGAUCUCCAACGGCGAAUGUUGCAUUUGAACGAAACUUACCCGAACAUCAAGAUCAAGUUGGAAGUGAACAAAGGCGCCGUGCGUCAUCAAUGGUCCUACAAAAGACUGAGACACGACAAAAAAAUGGGAUUUAAUUGUCAAUUUUCCUUCUCGGUCGUGGAUAAAGAGCGAGAUGCUUUGCGUGCAACGAGUCAAGAUAUUUUGAAACACAUCGAGAAACUGAUGGUGGUUUAUUACGAGGAUCAGUAUGACGUCAAAUAUCGCGUUGGAACAAGGACAAAGAGUGAAAGUAGCGACGAUACGGUUGAAAUUAAGAAUAAUCCGGAUGGAGCAGGAACGCAGACUGAAAACGAUACCAAUGCGAUACUGCCACUUCAUUCGCAUGAUCCGCAUUAUCACAUCAACAGUGAUGCUGGCAACAUUCAUUUCGAGGAUAAAUCGAAGAAGAAACAUUACCACAUCUGUAGUUGUUUCAAUACGGGCCGCAAAGAGGGAAAAGGAUGUUUUUCGAUGAUCUUUGGGGUCUUUAAAUCCUGCAUUCCGUGUCUUAAGAAAAUUUAACGAUGCAUUUAGCUGACAUUUUGUGCUCUCUAAGGGGCAAUAUUGACUUAAAAACGUGCCUUUUUACGUAAAUAAGAGACUUUUAUAUUUAAAAAAAAUAUAAAAACGAAAAGUUGUGAAAAAAUUAAAAAUAAUUUUAAAUAAAAAUUUAUUUUAAUUAAUUUUUGUAAUGAAACGAUGGAAGAAGGCUUAAAAAU